UGUCUCAGGAGAACAUGAUGACGAAGAUCAACUUGGCAGAGAACAGGAUAGAAAACUUUGUUAACAGGGUCAAAACUCGAUCGAGUUCUUGAAAGUUUUAGAGGUGUGGGUGACCACACCUCGUCACCUGGCUCUCACCAAGCUAAGACCAUAGUACUACAAAAGUUGGAGUUCCGUUUUCUCGAGCGCAACUACAACCGCAGUUUUCAAAGGUAUUUGACAAGGAUACGACGAGCAAGUUGUUGUACAUUGACAUGAACAUGUUGACUAAGAAGUACUUACAUAAUUGAUAGUAUCGCAAACAGAUAGUCCUCAUGCAGCCCCAUCUUCCAUGACAAGAUCACCAAAAGGACAUGGAAUAAAGAUCAACCUCGAAGAUCACAGUGAAGUAGAGGAGCGUAGGCAAGAACAUCGUUUGUUCACGAAUCGAUUGCUUCAUUUCAUUUCAAGGAGUACAAGGCCGAAACGAUCUUGUCAUCAUCUUGUUCCUUUGAAAUGAAAAAUUUACAGGACAACCAAAACAACGGGAAUCAAAAAGCAACAUCAGAAGAAGUGCAAUUUGUACCCGACAAAACCAAGAAUAACUAGGAUAACCGUAGCGAGCGAUAACAAACGAAAAACGUAAAAUAAUCUUCCUAUCAAUCUGAAUACAACAUUGCAUAAAAUAUUAACGUGAAUAUAGCAGAAUUCUGCGACUCCCGAUAUACUACAUACCCGACCACAAUCAGCUAUCGCAGCUCCUCGUCCACCAUAAUUUCGUGUUUUGAAGUCAGAAACAGAACAAGAGGGUCGUCGGGAACGAUCAUUACAUUUUUGUUUUAAAUUGAGAGCGGACUACUACUACUUCUAGAUAAAAAAAGUCAAAUACAAGAACAAGACAAAAUGCCGGAAGGAGUGAAAACGAGCCUGAAGAAGAAUGUGAAGCCGACGGACUUCAAGGGUCCGCAGAAAGCCCGUUCUGCCUUCAUGAUGUUCUGCGACAAACACCGAAGCAAGGUCAUGGCAGACCUGAAAGUCGAUAACCCAGCCCCCAAGAUCAGCGACAGCGCCAAGAAGUUGGGGGAAAUGUGGAAAACUGCGAAGACGUCCGACGAAGGCAAGCAGCUCGAAGAAGAAGCUAAGAAGGAAAAAGCGCAGUAUGAUGCUAACCUCGAAGCAUGGAAAAGCUCCGCGGAUUACAAAGAAUUCAUCAAGGUACAACAACUCGUGGCUCUGCUUCUUCACUUUGACUUGGCAGUAGACAUAAAGAAAAUAUGAGCGAAGAUACGAACUAUGGCUGAUGCCGAUCAUUUUGCUUUUGAAGAUUAUAAACUAGAAACUUCUUGACAACAGCACGUAGUCGAUGUUCUCGAUUCGACCCCGUGUAGUUCUAGUUCUUGGGUAACUUCUCAUUAUCAUCAUUGUCAACAUGCAACAAUAAAACGGGAUAAUUAUGUUGUCCUACAACCGUCACAAACAAGGCUGACAGCGCGCACAAGAAGAAGCAGGCAGUCACCGCCGCCACUAAGAAAGCGAAGGAUAGCGGUAUGCCCAAAAGACCACUGGGGGCCUACAUGUCAUUCGCUGCGUCGAAAGUGGGUGAGGUGAUCGCUGACUUCAAAAAGAAAAACAACACUGAAAAAGCUCCGUCCAUGGCUGAGCGCACGAACCUGAUAAAGCCGAUGUGGGAGGCUCUCGGCGAAGCAGGUCGCAAGGCCUGGGAGGACAAGGUACAAGAAGAGAAGGUGAAAUACGAGGAAGACCUGAAGAAGUGGAACGAGUCGGAGGAUGGAAAAGCGUACUAUUUAUUUUGUGAACGUCUUAUUUACAUUGAGACCACAGACGUGACGGACUUUCUUUUUUACAACAAUAUUCGCCCCGCAGUUUUCAAGUUCUUCGUUUGUGAUUUUCAUUCUUGUGAACAAGACGUACUAUCAUCUUCAUCUAUCAGACUCUUGCUCUUCCUCUUAUCGCUAUGAUCGGACAACUACUACUACAUCAUCAGAUACGCACAAGCGAUAUUGGACACUGAUCCGAAGAAGGCUUUGAAAGCUGCUGGCGAGCCGACCCGACCGCAAAGCGCGUACUUUCUCUUUCAGGCCUCCAUUGCAGAGGAAAUCGCAACCGAAUUCGCUACCAAGAACAACGGAAAGAAGCCUUCACUGAAGGACUCUGCCCCGCUCGUCAAAGGUGCUGAUACUUACACUUAAAAAGAACUUCUGGGUGCUUAAUUUUUUGCCUCCUCAUCACCUGUUAAAGUUGUAGCUUGCAUAGCAGAAGGAAACGUGAGCAGCGGUGACUUUCUUCCAACAACGAGGAGCGCCACGGUAGAAGCAACGGCUUCAACAUCAGAGAAAUCCGUAGAACUCAGAAGAGACUCAGGGAAGUCGUGGACCCAAUCCGAACCAACUAACGUCAUCGCGUGGGUGUUUCCUUAUAUAUAGAAUAGUUUAUAGACGGUGGGAAGGUGGGCAACACUGGGCGGCCGCGCUUGGCACGGUGGGCGGACAUGAGGGGCACGGUGGGGGCACGCUGGGCGCAUAUGCCGUUGCCUCGGUGCUUGCGGCAAUCUGCAGGGCCUCCUUGCACUCCUGUGCGAAGUGGCCUCGUUCUCGCUGCUUGCGUUGCUGAGUGCUCCGCUGCUGUAUGCAGUGCCGCCUGGGUGUGUAGAGUGCGGCGCUGCGCUGUUGUGUGCAGCGCUUUGCUGCUGCAGUGUGCGGCGCUGCUGAAGGGUAUUGCCGGGUGGGUCAGUAAGUGGGAGCCCUGAUUCGUGUGCAGCUCGCUGCAAAUCCAAAACUCUUGCCGUGGGGUAUCAGAAACUGGCGCCCGGAGGGCGCCUCUAUUUUUGGCCCCCUGCCUCAAGGUGGGCGUACGGUGGGCGAAAUGUCUGGCAGAAGACGCACUUUUGGGCGGCCCAGCGUGCCAAGCGUGCCCACCGAUACGAUUCCGGGGAAAAAGUUGAAAUAUGGUUUUCUAUUGGCGCUAAGUCAACUAAGAACUGCACAAAAACGGUCUUUAUUGUCGCCUCCUCGUCAUGCAAGUGCUCCGCUUAGCGACUUUUGUAACUUGUUUCCUCUUGGUUUUUCUGUCGUUUGGUUUCGUUUCAUGUGAGUCCCCGCGCCCCUCCAGAGUCCACCGCACCAGCCUGCAAAUGUAUGCUGGGGGAUUCUGGAGGGGCGCGGGGAUUUGGAGGGCGCCCGAGGUUCUUGGCUCGCAAUUGGGUGAGGGUUUUCCAGAAGGGAGCGCAGUAGGCGGCGAGUGUUCUGCGGAUUCGUAUCAUGCCCGAGAAGAUUGAACUUUGUCCGGAUUUUUGCAGUCCUUAGUUGAAUUUUCUCCAUUCUAACUCCACUUGUCUGUGGUCGAAUUUUUCGCCAUAAUCGGAGAGGUUUGAGACACUCCGCCCGAGGUUCUUCGUUCUUGGGUCUUUUCAUGUUGUUAAGUGUUAGACUUUUGACCACCCGGCGCCCCGAGGCUCUCGCGCCGGGUGGGAUUAGUUACAAAGAAGAAAGACGCACCGCCGCCCUUAAAUGGUCAGACCACUCACGCGCGCCGCCGUGUGUGCGCAGAUUGUCGGGGGCGUUUGCUGGCGUUGUCCGCACUCUUUUGAAGUAUUUCAGCGGACAACUUUGCGGAGGUUUCGCCGGAAUUGAGUAAGCCUCUCUAUUGUUUACCGGGUUCCCGCUCGCUAGGCCAUUUUUGAAGAAAAAACUGAAAAGAUGUCUUCAGAUUUUUUUCCAAAAAUGGCCUUGCGAGCGGGAACCCGGCAAACAAUAGAGAGGCUUACUCAAUUUCGUGGCGUUUUUCAAGAAGGGCGGGACCGGUUGCCGCCUGAAUUCCCAAGGGCUUGCGCCUCCUCUUUUUGUUAAGUUUCGAUGGUGUGGCGUGCUCGCUGUGCCUCUGGUGCUUCCGCAGGUGGCUGAUUAGAAUGGCGCUAAGUCAACUAAGAACUGCACAAAAACGGUCUUUAUUGUCGCCUCCUCGUCAUGCAAGUGCUCCGCUUAGCGACUUUUGUAACUUGUUUCCUCUUGGUUUUUCUGUCGUUUGGUUUCGUUUCAUGUGAGUCCCCGCGCCCCUCCAGAGUCCACCGCACCAGCCUGCAAAUGUAUGCUGGGGGAUUCUGGAGGGGCGCGGGGAUUUGGAGGGCGCCCGAGGUUCUUGGCUCGCAAUUGGGUGAGGGUUUUCCAGAAGGGAGCGCAGUAGGCGGCGAGUGUUCUGCGGAUUCGUAUCAUGCCCGAGAAGAUUGAAUUUUGUCCGGAUUUUUGCAGUCCUUAGUUGAAUUUUCUCCAUUAUAAUCUUAAUGAUUUGAUGUUGGAUUCUUAUCGACUCUUCCUCUACUUUGAUCUUCCAUAUCAACAACAGCUAAGUGGGAUGCUCUCAGUGCGGAUGAGAAAAAGCCGUUUGAGGAGAAAAAUAAGGCAGCCGCGAAGAAAUAUGAAGAAGAUAUGAAGGAGUUCAAGAAAACUGACGCCUAUAAGAAGUAUUCCAAGAUGCUGAACAAGCGAAAGAGCUCCACCAAAGCGAUGAAAUCCAGCAAAAAGAGAAAAACUGACAGUAAUGAAGAUUUACAUUAAAUUUGGACCUACUAUAACUUAAACUUGUCUUUGGUCUUCCUCGGUUCAUCAACAGUACUAACUUAAACUUGUUGCUGCCCACCCGCACUCCACUGAUGCAACUGUUGGCAUCAUGAUGAUGUUGAUGUCUUCUCAUCUAGUAUUGAUGUUUAUUCUGCUGGAUGUUUUCUUGGCUCAUGUUUCAACACCAAGAACAACGUGUACCCUACUGCUCACUCUAUUGAGUCUUACCCUUUCCAAAUCGAAAAUUUCUGCAGAUGGCGACGAGCCGCAACCGGAGGAGAGCCCGGAUGGCAGCAACGAACACGAGGACGAGGAGAGUCCCGAGGAUAGCCCCGAAGAGGAGUCUCCGGAAGCAGAUGGUGAAGAGGGAGAGCAAGAAAAAGAGCAGGAUGCUUAA